CUUCGGACUGAUGAUGGCUGGACUGCACUUCACUGGGCCGUCGAAAAGUUUCAUAAAGAAGUUGCAUCUUUCCUUCUAGCCUUACCAGACAAGGAGUCUUUCAUAUCUUACAAGACAAACUCGGAAGGCUGUACAGCACUGCAUAUUGCGGUCAAACACCUCCGGAUUUCAAUGGUGGAGGCAAUACUCAAGGCCAAGGCCGACGUCAACGCCCAAGAUAGUCGGGGUAGAACCCCUCUCUACUUGGCUGUUUGGAGCGUUCAAGAGGACGUUGUUAAGAUGUUGUUAUCCAGCGGCGCUGAUCCCAACAUUCCAAGCAUUUACGGAACAACACUGCAUUGUUGGUCGGCGCUUCAUAUCGCAGCUCAGGAAGGAAACCUCUCUGCUCUCAAGACACUGUUGCGGUAUGGGGCAGAGGUUGAUUUGAAGGAUAAGCAUGGAAUGACGGCA